GCGUAGUUUCGUUUCUCGCAGACCGGCCAAGGCGUCAUGCCCGCUGCCAUGCAAGACCUCGGGAAGAAGCCGGAAGGGGUGCCUGCAUGGAGGACGAGCUCAGCUGCCCCCUCUGCCAGUGUCUGUACAGGAACCCAGCGCUGCUGCGCUGCGGUCACAGCUUCUGCAAACACUGCAUCAACCAGGUGCUUGAUGGCCAGCAGCAAUCCAAGGCCCCUUACUCCUGCCCCAUAUGCACACCAGCUGGGCCCAUCCCGGAGCUGCAGAAGAAUUUCCAGCUGUGCAGCAUCGUAGAGGCGUUUACGGCUACUUCCGAAGGGCAACAGGGCUUGAGCUCUGCAGGGGAGAAGGAAGAGGUUCCCUGUGACUUCUGCCUGGAUCCGCCGAAGUCGGCGGUGCAGACCUGCCUGGCCUGCGAUGCGUCUUUGUGCCAGGCCCAUGUGAACAAACACAACACCAAAGCUUCCCGUAAGGACCACAUACUGGUGGAGGUGGGCGCUGACGCUGCUGUGCCAGAGAGGAGGUGCCUGGAGCACGGCAGGCGGCUGGAGUUGUACUGCCAGGACGAGGGGCAGUACAUCUGCAUGCUCUGCUCCAUCGUGGCGUGCCACAGGGGCCACAGCAUCAUCACCCUGAAGGAGACCUAUGACAAGAGGCUGGGUGAACUAUCAGACCUCAUGACAAGGCUGCAGGAACGUAAAACAGCUUUAGCUACUGCCCUAGGAGAGCUUCAGAAAGGCGAGAACCACCUCAAGAACAAUACAAAAACAGUGACUUCUCAGCUGCAAAAGCUGUUUGAAGAGAUGAGCAAGAUAAUUGAGAAAGAGAAGACGAUCCUGGGUGACAUUCAAUCUAAUGAGAAAAAACAACUGGCAGAUAUUACCAAAGUGAAGCAGGAAAUGGAACAGAAGAGAGAUGAGGCUGCGCAGCAUCUUCAGUCUUUGCAGAAGAUGAGAGAGCAACCAGAUAUGUUCCUCUUUGUCAAAGAAUUUAAACAGGCCAAGGACAGGAUUGUCAGUAAGAAUUUCAGCAUCAGCACGAUGUACAUGAUGAUGGUGCAGCUGGAUGAGGCCACAAUUAACUGCUAUCAACGCUUAACUUGGGACUUCAUGAGAAACCUGGACUCGGCGCUGCAAACCCUGCAGGGUAAACUCGCCAAACAAAUUUGGUGGACCAGGUAAAUCCUUUUCUUUACUUACAAAAAUGUUCCCCGCAAAUUUUUCCAGCAGUUAUUCAUUUAAGGACUGUGUGGCCUGUGCUCCUCUGCAUCAGUGUCAAGGAGAGCAGAGUCUAGAAGGCUGUCCCUCAUCUCAAAAGGGGAAGCCUCUUACUUCAUUAUUAGUAAGAUGUGAUUUGUGUUUUACAAGGCACUAACAUUCAAUCUUGUUUCUUUACAGUUAAGCUUCAGACACUGAUAACUGCAAAGCGUAAGUGUUCAAAAAAUACUAGUUAUUCCUCAGGACUCUGGCCAGGGGCUGAGUCUUGCAGAGAAAAUCUCUCACCUAAAAAUGUGAGUGGCGUUUUGUUGCAUGCCUAUCCUCUCCUAGCCAGGGGUGAGGCCAGCAGGCAAGCAGCCUCAGAAACACUUCCCAAAAUCUGAAGUGGGCAGAAAUCUCUGGGAACUCACCAGAGAAAUCAUCCCUCUUGAGCCUGAGGGAGAGACUGGGUUUGCUUCAGCACUCAGUAAAAGCCUGAGCCUUCCCGAGGGAAGGACUGUGGAGGGGUUCCCCCCAACUGAGCAGGAGCCGGAGCAAACCCAGUGCCUGAAAGGAUCCCCACACAAUUCCAAAUGCUGCAGGAGAUACUAAAUCUGUAAACAGCAUUUCUCCUCAGGCUAGCUCAGUGCUCAAAUAGAUUUCUGCUGCCUACAGUGGUGCAUCUUUUCUACAAGCUUGUUUGAAGAAAUAGUAUUUAGAAGUUAUUUGAUUUUUUUAAUAGAUAUUUUUAUUUGUGGCAACUAACCCCACCUUGUUUGUUUUUUUUUUCCCCAGUAACUGAAUUAGCUUAUAAAAUAUGGAGCACAGAAGCAGCACAAAAAGCAGGUAAGCGAUUAAAUGGAGUUUUAGUUACGCAGCACAGCUUAACCAUACAGUUGUUUUUAUUUAGAAUUAUGGAACUGAUUAGACUGGAAGAAAUCCCUUUAAGAUCAAGUCCAAGUGCUAACCCUGCCCUGCCAAGCCCACCACUAAACCAUGUCCCUGAACAUCACAUCUGUUAAAUACCUCCAGGAAUGGUGACUGCACCACUUCCCUGGACAGCCUGAUCCAGUGCCUGAUAACCCUUUUGCUGAAGAAAUAUUUCCUAAUAUCCAGUCUAAACCUCCCCUGGCACAACUUGAGGCCAUUUUCUCUUUUCCUAUCUCUUGGUAACUGGGAGAAGAGAUGGACCUUGCUACAUCCUCCUUUCAAGUGGUUGUAGAGAGCGGUAAGGUUUCCUCUGAGCCUCCUUUUCUCCAGACUAAACAACCCCACUUCCCUCAGCUGCUCCUCAUAAGACUUGUGUGUUUGACCCUUCACCACUAAACAUAAUGCCAGCCUCAAAUCUAGAGGUAUAUUUUUAAAUCAGUGUACAUGGCCAUUUAUUUGUCUUGUGAGCUCAAUCAUCUACAGACAUACUAAUGUCUGUGUUCUAUACAGAUCCAGACAGCUACUUAAAACAGGGAGGGGGAAGAAAAGAAAUAUUUUUCUGAGGAAAUGCAAUGCUGUACUUGAAAGCAACUUAUCAAAUAUGUUAUUAACAUAGCAAUAAAAUACUACUUUAUUAGUACAGUAAGUGAAACUUUUCAAUCUUGUGUAUUCCUGCAGCACAAAUGGCACUGCCAAGCCCACUAUACUUCAGAAGGCAGACCACAGGAUCAGAGUCUCACAGACCUGCUGGGAAUGAAUGGGACUUUUGGACAUCAUCUAGUCCAAACCCCCUGUACAACACAGGGGUACUGAGAGCAGGUUACACAGGAUUGCAUCCAGGUGCAUCCGAGGAGGAAACAUUCCACGACCCGUACCAGUGACCUUCCUUCCUCAACAUGAACUACAUGGAUUGUCCCAAUUUAUCCUGAAGUAAGAGAGAUGGAAAGAAAAAGUUAAAUAUUGUCAAAAUGUCCUCUUCCCAUGGGGACUUGCCAAGUGUCUUGACCUCCCCUGCAUGCCUGCUUUGAAAGCAAUUCUGUAGCAUGUGCAGAUUGAGAAAAGAAGUGCUAAGAAUUAACACGAACAUAAGAAAAUCUCCACCUGCUGCUGGCUUCCAAACUGUGAACUAUAUAAUCUCAUGGUACUAAUGAUACUUGUGUACUAUUAAUGAUGUCUAUUACUACUACUAUUAAUACUGUCAUUAUGUGGUUAGAUAACCAAAGAAAUGGCUAAAGAUACCGAUAAGCAAGGCUGGCUGAUUUUAUACCAUUGCUAGAAAUUAAUUGUUGAGAGCACUGUUUGCAGAUGGCUGCAGUAGAAAACUGUUCAGGACAAUGCUGCCAAUUUAACACAAAGGAUCUUUGUGGCAAAUAAUUACUUAUCUUUGUAUGAGUCAGCAUCCAAGCCACAUUUUAACACUUCUACAGAGCGCACAAAGAGCCAUGCAAAAUACCACAGUCACUAGUGUAUGAAGGUGCUUUGCUGGCCACAUCUCCAUAUGUACAGAUGUUAUUUUUUAAUCAAGCACAUGCUGUGUGUUCCAGAUGUAGCCCUUAUUUCACAUACCAACUUCACUGAAGGAUUUCACGGACACUCCCAGGCAGGUAGGCUCACUCCUUGUUGCUGUAGGCUGCUCUGUUCCUAGCUGUGGUUCAGAUCCAACAUAGAGGUUCACAACCUGGGUGGUUUUUCUCCAAAUGAUAAAAAUAUUCUACUGCAAACCAGGGUUGCCAACAUAAGCAUUUUUAAGAAAUCAAGGCUAAAGUUCAGGGUACUUCAUAUAAGUUAGGAUUCAUGGCCCUGACUCUAUUCUGUCACUUGUGAUAAUCUACAUAUAUCUAAUCGCAGAGAUUAAAAGCAAUAAACUCAGCAAAAUCCAUCUCA